CAACAGGUGCAACAAAUGACAAAAUUGGAGUUAUCCAUUGAUAGCCUUGAGAAGGAACGUGAUUUUUACUUUGCGAAGUUGAGGGACCUUGAGAUUCUUGGUCAGACUCCUGGAGUAGAAAACUCGUCGGUUUUUGAAGCAAUCCUGAAGAUAUUGUAUGCUACUGAUGACAAUGGUUCUGAGUUGGCAGAAGCUCAAGCUAUACUCGUUGCUGGCCUACAGGAAGCAAGUACAUUGAGUCCCAUUGCUGAGGUUUCUGAAGAGAAGAGCAGUCCUAGUGGUUAUCUCAACAAUCCUGCUGAAGAGAGAAGCAAAUAUAGAUAUAAUGUCGAUAAAGAAAUGUCUCUUUUAAAGUUUGUUGAUGAUGAGUGGGGUCCUGUGAGAAGUUUCAAUUGGUUUGCUACUCAUGGGACUUCAAUGAGUCGUACAAACUCAUUAGUUAGCGGGGAUAAUAAGGGUGUUGCUGCACGAUUUAUGGAAGACUGGUUUGAGCGAAAAGUUUCUGUGAGAAAAGUUUCCCCUGGAUUUGAAGAUGACAGCUUACCUCGAAGGAUUUCAAACAUCAUUCCCAGUCUUAAUAAUAAUCACCAUGAGUUACUCGAACUUGCUGCCUUAUUCCAAUCUCCUCCUGGUAGACCGGCAACCAGAACAUCAAGUGUUGCUAGACGUGUGAGAGGUGUUCUUAGGCAGGACGGAAAACCUAGAUUUGUAUCUGCAUUUUGUCAAUCCAAUUGCGGUGAUGUUAGUCCAAACGUGCUUGGAGCCUUUUGUACAGACAUUGGACUACCUUGCGACUUCAAUCACAGCACAUGUGGAGGGAAGAACGAGCUAUGCUACGGCAAAGGACCUGGUUACCCCGAUGAAUUUGAAAGUACACAUAUUAUAGGGGAGAGACAGUUUAAAAAAACAGCGGAGUUGUUUAACGGAGCAUCCAAACAGAUUAAAGGAAAGGUGGAUUUUCGACAUGUGUACUUAGAUUUCUCCAAGCUCGAGGUAAAUGUUUCUAUCGCAGGAGCUUCUAAGGUAGUAAAGACAUGCCCUGCUGCAAUGGGAUUCUGAUUUGCUGCUGGAACAACUGAUGGACCUGGAGCAUUUGAUUUUAAGCAAGGAGAUGAUCAGGGGAAUCCUUUCUGGAAACUGGUCUGCAACUUUAUUGAAAACGCCAGACAAGGAAC